UUAUAUCUUAUAACGACAAGGCUGACCAAACGCCAGAAGAUAUUGCGACAGUACGCUGAUAUUUGGUGAAACGGAAAAAGGAAAUAUUGCUUGACCUUGUUUGAAGAAGAUGGUGAAUUACUAUGAGGUCCUCGGAGUACAAAAAACUGCUUCUUCAGAUAAGAUUAAAAAGGCAUACAGACAGUUGGCCUUAAAGGUGCAUCCUGAUAAAAAUCCAGGAAACCGAGAAGCAGCAGAGAAAAAAUUUGUAGAAAUCUCUAAAGCAUACGAGGUCUUAUCUGAUGAUAAAAAGAGAGAUGCGUAUGACCGAUCCAACAGAGUGGUCAUAAAAGAACGACAUGCAGAAAGACGGGGUGGGACUGGAGGCAGACAUGAUGAUGGACGCAAAGACAAAGUCCGUGAAAAAAGGAGAUCUGAAACAGAACUUCGCUCCCACCGGCCGCACAUUGAUGAGCAUGAAAAUGUGGACACCUUCUCACUCAACAUCUUUGGUGAUCUGCUUGACCACAUUUCUGGGCAAAGCAGCCGAAGUGGCAGCAGCUUUUCUGUCUCUAUCAGUGGGGUCACCCCUAUUCCGGGAACUAGUUUUACUUCUUUUGGCCCUGAGAUUACUGGAUGCUGUUCCUGCUCCAUAAACAGUAGCACCAUAGGGAAGAUCAAGUCUGUCAUAACAACUAGCAAGAUUGUGAAUGGCCAAAAAGUCAUUACAAAGAGAAUUGUGCUGAAUGGCAAAGAGAGAAUCGAAAUUGAGGAGCCACUCUGCCACUGAGCUUCUCCCAGCUGUCUUUGGUAAGGGACAUAGCUAUUAAACUUGAGGAGGGUACUA